ACGGCAAACAUGGCAAAUGAAAAGAAAGGAAGUUACCGAACUAAACGAGUUUUCGUCAACAAUAUUGAUACGUAUUCAUCUAAAUGUAUCGCGAAGUUUCUGUCAACCUGCAUGGUUGGCGGCUCCUUGGAGGAGGCAGAGGAAGAUGGUCCCGCUGAGGAUGAGCAAACACUUCAAGAUGGGACUUUUCAAAUUGUUGGAACUAUCUCAAACAGCGAGGGGGAAAAACCCAGUUUUGCAUUAGAAUGUUAUACUUCACAGAAGCGAGAUCAGCUACUGCCAAGCCUAUUGGAAUGUGAUGUGGUGGUUUACAACAUCUCAGAACAUGCAACAGCAGAGCUGAUAGAUGAGGCAAUUUGGGCAAUUUCAGCUCUUCACUCAGAUAUUGAGAGUUUUGCGUCUCAGAAGAUAUUCAUUUUGAUAUCAUCAGUCAUGACCUGGGCAAUGAGCAAGCCAGCCGAUCCUAAUGACCCAGAGAUUCCUCUGACAGAGGACGACUACAGGAGGAAAAGACAUCAUCCUAACUUCAAGGAGCACACCAACGCAGAGAAAACUGUGCUCAAACUGGGCAAAACUAAAAAGUCCAAGCUGUCCAGUUAUGUUGUGGCAGCAGGUGUUCAGUAUGGAAUGGGAGAAGACCUCCUGCACUACUUCUUCAAGACGUCUUGGCUGGGGGAGUUUGCACAAGUUCCUGUUUUUGGGCCUGGCACAAAUGUUAUCCCUACCAUGCAUGUCAACGACCUUGCAGGGGUUAUUCAGAAUGUAAUCGACCACAAGCCAAAGAUACAUUAUUUCCUCGCUGUGGAUGAUUCCAAUAAUACUUUUGAGGAUAUUGUGAAGAUAAUAAGCUUUGUGCUCGGUCCAGGGAAGAUCAAGAAAGUCCCUAAGGAGGAGGCCUACCUCACCAAUGUUCUGACGACCGCUGAUGUGGAUUACCUGAGUGUCAACCUGCGGAUAGAGCCAACCUUUCUGAAGGAAACCUUUAACCUUCGCUGGGUGUCGGAGGCUGGCAUCAUUGAUAACAUCAACCGGGUGGUGGAGGAAUACAAACUGUUGAGACUACUACUGCCCAUCAGAAUCUGUCUCCUGGGCCCUCCAGCAGUAGGGAAGAGCACCGUGGCAGAGAAACUGUGUAAACAUUACAAACUGCACCACAUCAACCUCAAAGAGAUCAUUGAUGAGAAUAUGCAUCAUCUGGAGGAGGCUGUGAAUGUGGCUGAGCAGGAGGGAGAGAGUGAGGAGGCGCUCAGUAACGCUCAGGACCAACUGGACUCUCUGAAGGACAGCAUGGAGCAAAAUAGAGGUCGCCUGAGCGACGGGCUUGUUUACCGUAUGAUGCGUGAUAAGUUGAACUCAACGCCUUGCAGGAACCAUGGCUUCGUCCUCGACGGCUUCCCCAAGUCCUACGAUCAGGCCAAGGAGAUCUUCUAUGAUGACCUGGAUCAUCCCAGGUCCAAAAUGCCUGCUUACAACAAGAAGAUCAUUCCUGAGUUCAUUUUCUCCCUGGAGGCAUCUGAUGACUUUUUAAAGGAGCGGGUGCAGAAUCUACCUGAGAGUGUGGCAGAGAAAAUGCACUACUCUAAAGACGAGUACCUUACCCGGCUGAAGACAUUUAGAAAGGCCAACGUGGAAGAUGAAACGGUUCUGAACUACUUUGACGAGCUGGAGAUUCACCCAGAGCACAUUGAGGUGAACAAUGCCGGCGAUCCUGAAUACGGCGAUGUGAUGGACAAAAUCAUCAGGCUGGUGGGGCGUCCCAGGAACUACGGACCCACCCCUGAGGAGAGAAAGGAGAUGGAGAGGAAGUCCGUAGAGGAGACAGCACAGCGCCUGGUACUGGAGACAGCAGAGUGGAAGAGAAGGGAGGCUGAGACCGCUGCCAAGAUGGCCACACAGCUAGAGGAGUGGAACCGUCACGUGACUGAGGUGAAGAGGCAGGAGCAUGAGCUGCUGGAGGCUCGCUCCGCCCCCCUGAGGAACUACCUGAUGAAUUACGUAAUGCCCUCUCUCACUGAGGGCAUGAUGGAGUGCUGCAAGGCCCAGCCAGACGACCCGGUAGACUUCCUGGCUGAAUAUCUCCUCCGGAAUAAUUCACAAGAUUAGUGUGAUGUGGUUAACACAUACCAAACGUCUAUGAGACCUUGUCGGCUGGUAUUAUAAAUGUUUUGUCAUGACAGUGUUCUGUGUUGAUCAAGUCUACCUUGUUUAUUUUCCCCCACAAGAAAUACAAAAAAAUCUAGUCCUCCUUUUGGAGGAAUUAUUGUAAAGAUUGUUUUAUGAAUAUAAGGAUCUUAAACUAAAAAAAGUUAAAUGUAUAUUCUGGUUAAAAUGUGUGUUAAUGCCUAUGCUACAUCCACUCUAGCAUGAAUUGUAAUCCAAUUACAAACCCAUAGCCGAUUGACACAACGGCUAAAUUUCAAAAACAAGCGUGAAAACAGAGCUAGUGAUUUUCUGAACAAGAAGUUCAACUGAAUAAAACUCACCAAAAAAGAGAAGCUUAAAUUUAAGGCCAGGCAUCACAGGCUGACAUUUUUACGUCUAUCAAUUUUGAGAUUUAUUUUGUAUUUUGGUCUAUUAAUAUUAGUAUUUUCACACCAAAAAAACAUCAACAUUUCAAAAACUUGAUGAAAAUAUAUAUUUUCUUUAGCUGAUCAUAUUCUACUACCUUCAUUUGAAUGAAUUUUAACCACUUUAAAAUGGAAUCAUAUCAAUAAUUUCAAAGCGCACUACAUUGAUUUCCCCGUCAUUUAAAAUCCCAUUUCACAGAGAAUGUUACAAACUGGACUAUAUUUAGUAACUUACUUUGAAGAGAUGGUGAUUUGGGUCUAAGUAGGUGUUUAGUAGUCUAAUUUCAGCCACCACAUUUUUCUCAGCAUCAGAAGCAUCUGUAUUAAACCAAUUUGUGUGUGGUUAUGCUAAGAUAUAUUCUCCAGACUUGCUCUGAGGGAAUUGUUGAUAUGUUGUAAAUGUUUUAUUCUAGAUAACAUUUUCUUUGGAAAAGAAAGAAAAAUGAAAAGAAAAUGAAUGUCAUUAGUAUUUGAAUCUGCUCUGGAAAUGUCCGGUGCUGGAGUGAAACCAUCCAGCACCCAGAAAAAGAGAUUUGUGCGAUAUGCAAAUAUGCACAUAUAAUGAGACCUAAUUUGCAUAUUUGCAUAAAAUAUUAAUGAAAAAAUAUAUAUAAAACGUGUGUGUCUACGUUCAACUGGUAAAAGUUGAUUGUCAUAUGAUUAAGAUAAAACAAAUCCCUAUUGGGGUGUGGUGACAUGCAGGGAUAGGCGUCCCGUUAACGGGACAGUUGUAAAUCAUGCAGCGCCGUGUGUCACGAUCGCAGAUUUUAGAGAAACAACAAAUGUCGGUACAUAUAAUUGUCUUAUAUCGGCUGAAAGCUUAAAUUCUUGUUAAUAUAACUGCGCUGUCCAAUUUACAGUAGCUAUUACUCCGAAAAAAUGCCAUGUUAUUGUUUGAGGAGAGCUCCUAACAACAAAACACUUUGUUCACCGCGAUAGGUUUGAUAAAUUCACCUCUGAAGGUGAAAUGUGUACUUACAUUCUGAAAUCAUGCUCUGAUUUAUCAUCCAAAGGGUCCCAGAGAUAACAUGAAGUGUCGUUUUGUUAGGUAAAAUCCUUUUUCAUAUCCUAAAAAGGUCCAUAUAGCAUGCACGAUCGAUUUUGUAUUUCCACUCGUUCAAUUUGCAAAGAAAGGAAUCUGUGAAAGUCUAACCCUAAACGUUGUUUCAACCAGUCAAAUCACAUUUGUAUUUAUUUCUCAGAGAUCCUAGAACGUAAUCAGACUUCACUAUAUCAUUAGAGGUGUAGUAUAUCCUAUAGGACACCAAAUUUGGUCAGAGAGCGAUGCCUUCAUGGCACGCCGAUGACGCGGACUGUCUUCAAUUGAUCGAAUGUAACUUUCUCAAAUAAGCACCAGCAUCAGGGUUAAAACAAAGCUAGCUAGAUAGCCAAUGAGCUUGGCUUUACGGGAGUGUCGGGAAACCCCGUAUCUGACGCAAGUGUAGCUGCUAACCUUGUGCGACAUCAAGCCUUUUCCUUUUGGACAAAAAUUAUAAGAAUAUGAGUUAUGAAAACUGGGUGUUUUGCAAAUGUUUAACUUAUAAUAUGGCUACUAAUACUGGAAAAGAUAAAUCAAAGUCCAAGUAUACAGAUUUAAUGAUAUUCUUGCAGAAAAAUGUAAUGUGAAUGUCUCCUUCACGAUUUUCCCAAAUGUACCUGGGUGACUUCACACUAAAAGUCAUGUAGUUUGCUCAUACUUCAAGUUAUCCAUCUGAAACUUUGCACAUACACUGCCACCAUCUUGUGGGCACCGUUGGAAUUACAACCAGAGUGAUGGCUGGAAGUGGGGCCUUUCUGUAGCAUUUCAAAGAUGGUGGUAGAAGAAAAAAAACGUUCGUUUUCUUCUUCAUAUUUUCUCCUACCAGAUCUAUUGUGUUAUAUUCCACAUUAAAUUCACAUUUCCACAAACUUAAAAGUGUUUUCUUUCAAAUGUUACCAAUAAUAUGCAUAUCCUUGCUUCAGGGCCUGAGCUACAGGCAGUUAGAUUUGGGUAUGUCAUUAUAGGUGAAAAUUUAAAAAACAGGUGGCUAUCCCUAAUUAAUAGUGAACACAGAACAGCGAUAAACUUUCUCUGUUCAUGUCUUCCCCAUUGAGUAGUAGACUGUAUGUAUCAAGGUGACAUCUAGAUGGUUAUCAAUAUUAGUUAUUUCUUGUGUCAGCUGCUAUCCUACUUGAAAUAAAAUCAUGUGACAGAGUGAA